AUGACUCUAGACACAGGAGCCUCUAGAACAAUAGUGAACCCAAAGCUGGUAAAAGCUGCAAGGGGACACAAGAGGAGAAUUAACUGUCGGCUUCUUACGGCCUCCGGUCAGCCAAUACCCGUCCUGGGAGAAAUGUCAGUUACGAUGUAUGUAGGGGGGUCCUCAUACUCUCAUAACGUUAUCGUGGCUGAGAUUAUGGAUGAUUGCAUCUUGGGUUUGGAUUUUAUGAAGAAACACAACUGCAGAAUUAAUGUCACUGACGGAGUUUUCAAGUGUGGUGAAGAAGAAAUCUUCAUUCUUGGUGGUGCUUGCGGGAAAGUUGCAUGUGUAAAGAAAGUCAUUAUACCUGGAAGAGCGGAAGCUCGGGUGUUGGUGAAACUACCGACAACUGGAAAGAAAAAGUUAAACAGAUGCGUGUUGAUCGAAGACACACCUACCAAAACAUCGGCGCAAAAACUGAUGACGGCGAGAACCCUUGUUAGUGGAAGCAGUAACGCUGUGGUCAAGGUUUUGAACCUUGAUGAUCGCGAGAUCUGCUUGAACAAAGGUGACGUCAUUGGAAAGUGCGAAGAAGUUGUCUGGAUGAAAAAGUGUAGUUCGAUGACAGGCGCAGACUUGGCAAAGAGCAACAACUACGGAUUAGUGACUGAGCUACUCGAUGACUGCAAGAGUAAUCUCUCUUAUUCGCAGAGCAUAAAAGCCAAGAAGUUUUUACAGCGCUACGCGCAUAUCUUCUCCAGUCACGAAGGAGACCUUGGAAGAACAUCAGUGGUCCAGCACAGGAUAGAUACAGGAAGAAUAAGGUCAGUUAUCUCGGCCAUGUUAUCCUCAGUGAUGGAAUCCAGACAGAUCCGGAGAAACUGGAAGCAGUCCAAAAAUGGCCUACCCCUAAGGACAAAACCGAAGUGCGGGCAUUCCUCGGACUGUGCUCAUACUACAGGCGUUUUGUUAAGGGAUUCUCAGAGAUAG